UUAUUCAUAUAUGAGUUAAAAAUAUUAUUGUAAAUUGAAAUAAUUUUAUUUGUUUUUCAAAUAACAUUUUGAAUACACACAUAUAUUUAAAUUUAUUUAGAAUUGUUAUAUAUAUAAGUACGAAAUUUUAAUUCAAAAUUUAAUAAUUUUGCAAAAUUGAAAGUCAACGAUUUUUUUUUCUGAGUGUUAAAAUUUUAAAAAUUUAUUAUAAAAUUUUAAAAUUUUAUUUUAAAAUUUUAAAUUAAAAAAUAUUAAGAGAAAAAAGAAGGUGGGGGAAAAAUAAAUCAAAAUGCAUUCUCUUUUGUCAGGAAGUAUGCAAUCGCUUAAAAAACGAUUUCCAUCAUUACAAAGUUUAGGUGGUGAUGGUAAUACAUCAUUUCUGCGUGCUGCUAGAGCUGGUAAUCUUGACAAAGUAUUAGAACAUCUUAAAAAUAAUAUAGAUAUAAACACAUGCAAUGCUAAUGGAUUAAAUGCACUACAUUUAGCUUCUAAAGAUGGCCAUGUUCAUGUAGUAUCAGAAUUAUUAAGGCGUGGUGCAACAGUUGAUGCAGCUACUAAAAAAGGUAAUACUGCAUUACAUAUAGCAUCAUUAGCUGGACAAGAAGAAGUAGUUAAAUUAUUAUUACAACAUGGCGCAUCAGUUAAUGUUCAAUCACAAAAUGGUUUUACACCAUUAUAUAUGGCCGCACAAGAAAAUCAUGAUUCAGUUGUUAAAUUAUUAUUAUCAAAUUCAGCUAAUCAAAGUUUGGCAACAGAAGAUGGUUUUACACCAUUGGCUGUUGCAAUGCAACAGGGACAUGAUAAAGUUGUUGCUGUAUUGUUAGAAAGUGAUACAAGAGGUAAAGUACGUCUUCCAGCAUUACAUAUUGCUGCCAAAAAAGAUGAUGUUAAAGCGGCAACACUACUGUUAGAGAAUGAUCAUAACCCAGACGUGACAUCAAAAUCCGGAUUUACACCAUUACAUAUUGCUUCACAUUAUGGUAAUGAAGCAAUUGCAAAUUUAUUAAUACAAAAAGGAGCUGAUGUUAAUUAUGCAGCUAAACAUAAUAUAAGUCCAUUACAUGUUGCAGCAAAAUGGGGUAAAACAAAUAUGGUUUCAUUAUUACUUGAAAAAGGAGCUAAUAUUGAGGCAAAAACCCGUGAUGGUUUAACACCAUUACAUUGUGCUGCACGUUCCGGUCAUGAACAGGUUGUUGAUAUGUUAUUAGAACGUGGUGCACCAAUAAGUGCUAAAACUAAAAAUGGUUUAGCACCAUUACAUAUGGCAGCACAAGGUGAACAUGUUGAUGCUGCCAGAAUAUUAUUAUAUCAUCGUGCACCAGUUGAUGAAGUAACUGUUGAUUAUUUAACAGCAUUACAUGUUGCUGCACAUUGUGGUCAUGUACGUGUUGCAAAAUUAUUAUUAGAUCGUAAUGCUGAUGCAAAUGCAAGAGCAUUAAAUGGUUUUACACCAUUACAUAUUGCAUGUAAAAAGAAUCGAAUUAAAGUUGUUGAAUUAUUAUUACGACAUGGUGCUAGUAUUAGUGCAACAACUGAAAGUGGCUUAACACCUUUACAUGUUGCAUCAUUUAUGGGAUGUAUGAAUAUUGUUAUUUAUUUAUUACAACAUGAUGCAAGUCCAGAUGUACCGACCGUACGCGGUGAAACACCAUUACAUUUAGCUGCAAGGGCAAAUCAGACCGAUAUUAUACGAAUUCUAUUACGAAAUGGUGCACAAGUUGAUGCUAGAGCUAGAGAACAACAGACACCAUUACAUAUUGCAUCAAGAUUGGGUAAUGUUGAUAUUGUUAUGUUAUUAUUACAACAUGGUGCACAAGUUGAUGCAACAACAAAGGAUAUGUAUACAGCAUUACAUAUUGCAGCAAAAGAAGGUCAAGAUGAGGUUGCCGCUGCAUUAAUUGAAAAUGGCGCCUCAUUGGAUGCAACAACUAAAAAAGGAUUUACACCAUUACAUUUAACAGCAAAAUAUGGUCAUAUGAAAGUUGCCCAAUUAUUAUUACAAAAAGAUGCACCAGUUGAUGCUCAAGGUAAAAAUGGUGUAACACCAUUACAUGUUGCAAGUCAUUAUGAUCAUCAAAAUGUUGCAUUAUUAUUACUUGAAAAGGGUGCAAGCCCACAUGCAACAGCUAAAAAUGGUCAUACACCAUUACAUAUUGCUGCACGUAAAAAUCAAAUGGAUAUUGCAACAACAUUACUUGAAUAUGGUGCACAAGCUGAUGCUGAAAGUAAAGCUGGUUUUACACCAUUACAUUUAAGUUCACAGGAAGGACAUGUUGAUAUGUCAACAUUAUUACUUGAGCAUAAAGCAGGUUGUGAUCACCAAGCUAAAAAUGGUUUAACACCAUUACAUUUAUGCGCUCAAGAGGAUAAAGUAAAUGUUGCUCAAAUAUUAUGUAAAAAUGGUGCAAAUAUUGAAAUGACAACAAAAGCCGGUUAUACACCAUUACAUGUUGCAUCACAUUUUGGACAAGCAAAUAUGGUUAGAUUUUUAUUACAGAAUGGUUCAAAUGUUGAUGCAAGUACCGGUAUCGGUUAUACACCAUUACAUCAAGCAGCACAACAAGGACAUUGUCAUAUUGUUAAUUUAUUAUUAGAGCACAAAGCUAAUGCUAAUGCACAAACAGCUAAUGGUCAAACACCAUUACAUAUUGCUAAAAAACUUGGUUAUAUAUCUGUAUUAGAUUCAUUAAAGGCAUCAACAAAUGAAUCAAUAUCACCGAUACCAGUUAAUGCUGAUGAAAAAUAUCGUGUUGUUGCACCAGAAGCAAUGCAUGAAACAUUUAUGUCUGAUUCAGAAGAAGAAGGAGGUGAUACUACAACAGAAUUGGAAACUACUUGUAUUGGAUUUACAAAUAUUAAUAAUACUGAACAACUACUACAUUUAAAAAAUAAUAAUAGUCACAUUUAUAUGCCUUAUUAUCAUGGUGAAACUUUUAUAACGCGUGAAGAUACCGUCCUAUCUGAUCAACCAUACCGAUAUUUAACUGUUGAUGAAAUGAAAUCACUUGGUGAUGAUUCAUUACCAAUUGAUGUAACACGUGAUGAACGUAUGGAUUCAAAUCGUAUGGCUAUAAGUACUGAUUCAACUGGUCAAAUACAGCAACCCGUUAAAGAAGAUAUUAUUAGUCCACAUCAAGCACAAGUUCAUAUGACAGCAAAAACUGUUAUUGAUGGUGGUGGUAUAACAAUUGAACAAGAUCAACAACGUGUUGGACGGAAAUUACAAUGGAAAAACUUCCUGGUAUCAUUCCUUGUUGAUGCACGUGGUGGUGCUAUGCGUGGUAUGAGACAUAGUGGUGUACGUAUUAUAAUACCAGCACGUUCAGCUGGACAACCAACACGUGUUACAUGUCGUUAUGUUAAACCACAAAGAACAAUGCAUCCACCACAAUUAAUGGAAGGUGAAGCAUUAGCUAGCCGUGUUCUUGAAAUUGGUCCAGUAUCAGCAAAAUUUCUUGGACCAGUUGUUAUGGAAGUACCACAUUUUGCAUCAUUACGUGGUAAAGAACGUGAAAUUGUUAUAUUACGUUCUGAUAAUGGUGAAACAUGGCGUGAACAUACAAUUGAUAAUUCAGAUGAAAUUAUACAUGAUGUAUUAAAUGAAUGUUUUGAGCCAGAAGAAAUUGCCCAACUUGAUGAACUUGGUGGCGGACGAUUUUGUCGUUUCGUUACAUAUGAUUUUCCACAAUAUUUUGCUGUUGUAUCAAGAAUUCGACAAGAAGUACAUGCUAUUGGACCAGAAGGUGGUAUGGUAUCUAGUACUGUUGUACCACAAGUUCAAGCUGUAUUCCCGCAAGGAGCAUUAACAAAAAAAAUUAAAGUUGGUCUACAGGCUCAACCCAUCGAUCCUGAUUUAACGGCAAAAUUAUUAGGCCGUGGAGUUGCAGUAUCACCAAUAGUAACUGUUGAGCCACGGCGUAGAAAAUUCCAUAAAGCAAUAACGCUUAGUAUGCCAGCACCAAAAGCGCACAGUCAAGGAAUGAUUAAUCAAUAUUCUGGCAAUGCGCCAACAUUAAGACUUUUAUGCUCAAUAACAGGUGUGUUUCGGAAAAGAUCUCUAAAAGGUGGUCCGUCUAGAGCACAAUGGGAAGAUGUAACCGGUUCAACUCCAUUAACAUUUGUAAAUGACUGUGUUUCAUUUACAACUACUGUUUCAGCAAGAUUUUGGUUAAUGGAUUGCCGUAAUAUUUCGGAAGCAACGAAAAUGGCAACUGAAUUGUACAGGGAAGCAAUUCAUGUACCAUUUAUGGCCAAAUUUGUAGUGUUUGCAAAACGUAUUGAACCUAACGAAGCACGUUUACGUGUAUUUUGUAUGACUGAUGAUAAAGAAGAUAAAACUCUUGAGCAACAAGAAUGUUUUACAGAAGUAGCAAAAUCACGUGAUGUUGAAGUACUUGAAUCUAAGCCCCAAUAUAUUGAAAUGGCUGGUAAUUUAGUUCCAGUUACAAAAUCAGGAGAUCAGUUACAAUUAACUUUUAAAGCAUUUCGUGAAAACCGUCUACCCUUUAAUGUUCGUAUUAAAGAUCAACAUGCUGAUACUGUUGGUCGUACACUAUUUAUGCGUGAACCAAAAGUUGCUAAAGGAGAACCACCUCAACAACCAAUUUGUAUAUUAAAUAUAGUAUUACCAGAUACAAUAAUACCAGAACAAAUUCAAGCCUUACCGGAAACUCAUAUUACUAAAUCAAAUAUAAUGAGUAGUUAUAGUACUAGAUAUUCAACGGUUGUUAUUGACGAUCAAAAUUAUAUGGGUGAUAUGCGUAUAGUUGAUGUGUCUAAUCUAUUAGGGGAAGAUUGGAUGCGUCUUGCACCAGAAUUAGGUUUUACUGAAAAUGAAAUUGAUGUUAUAAAAGGUCAAAAUCAAACAAGUACUGCACAACAAGCCCUCUCAAUGAUUAGAAUAUUUAAAGUGAAAAAACCGACUGAUCGUAUUACAUUAGAAAAUGGUCUUAAAACAAUAGGAAGGGAAGAUAUUAUUACAAAAUGUAAAACAGUUUGUAGAAAACGUAUUAGCAUUGAGAAUGGUUAUGAUGAAUCAGAUCUUAUGAAAGAUUCUGAAUCUAUAGAAGAUUUAGUGCGACAAGAGAAUAAUAGAUUACAACAAAUGCGAGAAAGAGAAGAACUUAAAUAUUCUGCUGAAGAAAAAGAAGUUGAAGAGUCUGAAUCAGAUGAUGAAAUUGGUAAACGUACAGUUGCUGAGCGGCGACAGAAAAUUGAAAAACGUUUAUCAUUAGAACGCGCGAUUCCAGCAUCAACACAAAAACGUGAAAUAGUACAAGAAAUUACUGAAAUUAAAAGAAAAAGUCUUAUUGAAGAUAAAAAAGCCAUUCAUGAAGAAGAAAUUAUGUUACAAAUGCCAACUGAUAAUAUUAUAAAAUCAAAUGUUGUACCAGAUCAAAUAAUAAAAUUGAAAACUGGUAAAAUUGAAACACCUGAUGUAUCAAAAACUGAUUUUGAUAAAGAAUUACAGGACAAAUUUAAGAAAACUAUAAAAUUAGAUGACGAAUUCCAAGACAAAGAUGACGAUGACAAUGGUGAAGAUGAUGAUGAUGACAUCGAUCAUGCAAAAGAAUUUAAAGAAGAUUAUAUACAAGAAACCUCUAAAAUUGUAUAUGAUUCUACUAUAACUGAAAAAUCACGUUUAAUUGAAACUACGACAACAAAAACUACAACUACAAAAAAAACAAAAGGUAGUUUAGAUGAUGAGAUUGAAACUACCAAAGAAACUAUUAAAGAAACAAUUAAAACUGAUAUUAAACCUAUUGUUACUACAACAACAACUACUACUACUACUGCUGCCACUGAAGAACCAUCUGAUAUUAAGGAAUCAGAAUUUCAAUCACGUAUAAUAUCUGGGAUACGUGAACAAACACAUGAUAAACAACAAAUUGAUAAAGGUAACCGUUUAUCAAAACAUGAAGCUGAAGAAUAUAUUGAAUCAACGGAAUCAAGAAAGGAAAUAACAAAAAUUCAAGUAAUUGAUACCGAAGAUCCAGAUUUAGAGAAACGACUUACAAAACAAAAAGAGAAAAUUGAAAAGAGUGAAACGAAAAUUGAUGCUACUCAACAUCAACUAAUACAUAAGGAUAGUGAAGAUUCUAUAAAGCCAAAAUCAUAUCCUGCCAAACCACGUGAAUCAUUAACCGAAGAAGAAUUUUAUAAAUCGAUUGAAGCAACAAUUACAAAGAAAAUGAGUGAAGGAUUAAUUGAAAUUUCUGACGAUAUUUUAAGUAAAGCAUCAAAUGUUGAAAUACCAGAAUCUCAAACUCCACCACCAACUCCAAGCGAAUAUCUUCAUCAAACUCAAGCACAAACGCAAAAUCAUGAAACAUCGAUUAGUUCAAAGAGAUCAAGUCCUGAAUCAGUACCCGAAUUUCAAAAUCAAAAAAGAAAAACAGAGUAAAAUUAUAAUUUGGGG